GGACGCAGCGGUUUGCGUUGUAUCAAUGCAGCGCCUAUCAAUGGUUGUGUGGUGCUCGUUGUAGGCUCCGCUGUCAGCUGCCGCAGGAUAGCCGCUUGGGUUUGGAGUUAAGUCAGUGAGCUCUUGUGAAAUAGUUUGGCAUGCAGUCGUGAGUUCGGACGCGGGCGGCAUCAAUGGCACUGUGUGGAGUUCAUUUCUCGCGCUGGGCCGCGUAUUUGUCGACCAGUUCGCAUCGUUGUUUGCGCCGGCGUUAUCAAUGCUAGGCCUACUCCAGCCGCCUUCAGCUAGUCGCUUCGCCUCCAGACAAGCCAGCAUACCAGCAAGACUAGAAGGAUUGCGCCAGAUGGGACCGACCUUGAAGGCUUUUCCUGUCGCACCUGCGCUGUCGCCAAGCGGGGAGAUGCGGCUCGCUUGAGCACCUUUUGUUCUCAACCGGUGCGCGUGUGUUAGUGCGUGAGCGCCAGUGCGACCACUCUUCCUGCCUCACCAUGGAUCGGGCCAGCCGGGCCAUUCGACGGAGUGGUGCCCGGCUCAAAGCGCUCAAUGGGGGUCACGCUGACCUGAACCUGGUCAUCUCAGAGCUCCGGGACAUCCGCCUUGCCAUGAAGUCCUUCCUUACGGCACAGAAUGCGGUGGCCCAGGACAUGGUGCUGUGGGCCCAGGCUGACGAGAACAGGAUAAUUCAGGACGUGAUGGCGCAGUUGGUAGAACUGAAUGCUCUCUGGACGGACAUCCAGAAGGAUUUUGUGGAGCACCUGAAGACGUUCCGACACCAGUUUGAGCUGAUCCUGGAAGGGGAGCGGCAGGUGGACCACUCCCGCAAUGCCCUGGCCGCUUGCGAGCAGAGGGAGCUGCGCAUCAAGAAGGAACUCAAACGGGCUGCCAAGAAGGCCACUGUGGAGGAGAUUAGCAACCUGGAACUGAAGCUGGCUCAGGCUGAGCGGGCCAAGGACCUUGCCCAGUUCGAAACCCUAGAGAAGGUGCAGGAGCACGAAGCUGUCAAGUUGAUCCGGCUCAAGCAGGGUCUGCUGCAGCUGAGCGACGCCUACCUCGCCCUGGCCAACAAGGGGGCCCUGCUGUUUGAGGCCCAGCGCGAAAUUGCUGCCCACAUGCCGGACGUGCCACCCCACUCAGCCCUACACGACUUCAAGUACACCGGCUCGGGGGCCAUGAAGCAAGCCGUGCAGCGAGCCAAGGACCGCGUCGAGCAGUACCACUGCUACCAGUACCGCCUCAUCCCCCACUGCCCCUCCGUCGAAGAGCCACCUCCUCCAUACACGCCGGGAUAUUAUGACCCAACCACGGGGCUUCCAUACCAGGCAGCGCCUGGCGGCGGUGACUGCUGGGCAGGCUCGUCGGUACGGCAACGGGUCACGCCGUCGUGUCCCUCCGGGCCGCUCCUCGUGCGUGGUGUCCGCAGCCCGCCGCCGGUGCCGCAGUCGACGCCAUCGCAGCGACCGCACGUGACCCCCACCGUGGAGCGAGGGGCGUCGCUGUGGCCCUCGCCUCCAUGGGGGGCAUCGCCCGAGGAUGAGGAGCGCCUUGCUGGAGCCAUGGGCGCGGCGAGAAUCGGAUGACGCUCCUCGUAGCCCACUACUGCACAACCAGGAGAGCCUUUGACAGCACCACAAUCGGCGACUGUGCCCUGGCGGCCGGUGUCUACAUAAGCGACGCGUUCGCCAGCGGCUGUGCGAGUUGUUGGUGCUGAGUCUGCCUACAUGCUCAGUCUGUGUCUUUGGCACACAUCUCUAUAAUCGGAAUGUUGUUUUUAGUAACCAAAAGCUAAGCUUUUGUGAGGUCGCACCAACUGACUCAGUUUCACACACUGAAUUCUCGGAGGGCUGUGAGCAAACUGCCACGUUAGGGCAACUUUCUCAUGUGAUGAUCUGGGAGCCGCAGCAGGUGGGGCAGCAGAAGCACACUGCAUGGGAAGCGUGUGAGCUUGGUCUGUUGGUUUGUUUUCCUGUACGAAGAUUUUUGUGAUCUUUAGUGGCACUGUUUAUUGGAAGUGCCCACAUGAAAUUAGCACUGGGCGCUGUGACAUUAGGUUGGUCGUAUCUUGGCUUUUGAUGCAAAACAAAGGUCGAACUACAUGUUACUUUUCUAGACCCGUGAACAAAUAACACGAUUACAGGCCUGCAGGAUGGCAGAGGAGCAAGGAAAGAAUAACUUUCAUCCUUGUAACUUCGUUAGCAGAAGUAGUAAGCCGCAGACGCAAGCUUGAUUCAGAUUAAUUUGUUUUUAAAUUACGGUAAUUGUUUGACUGAACACGCAGCUUUCUUUGCAUGUCAUGUUCUCCUUCUGCUUUGACUAUCGCCAAAGAGGUGAAAAGGCUCUCUACAGCCAGCCAUUGUGCACCGUUUCAAAUAGUGGUGGAAUAUGUCAUGCCACGGGUUUGCACCUGUUGUGCGCAGAAGGCACUGGCAGAGAAACAAAGCUUGUCGUCGGCAUUACGGCAGUGGUUGCAGAUGGUUGUUGACUUUUCUAAGUGUGUAGUUGUUGCUGUUCGAGUCAGCAGUCCACAACCUUUUAUCCGAAUGUCUUGUCUUGUGCAGCUUUGGACGUGUGUGUGUGUGUGUGUGUGUGUGUGUGUGUGUGUGUGUGUGUGUGUGUGUGAGCGAGCGCGUGCGUGUGCGUGAGAACAUGUCAGCACACAGGCUGGCCUGUGCUGCAUGGAGUGAAGAGUUCCAUCGUGGGCGUUCCCUUUGUCUUCCCUCGGCCAGUGUGUCGUAUGUUAAAAAAAAAAAAAGGAAACACCUGGUCACAAUUCACCCGGGCUGCAUUGGAGCAAAGGCUUUAUCCCCUCUUACCGAUUUCGCUGUGCUUGCUUGUAAACCUUCUCUCCCACUCUUCUGCUAUGCUUGCUGCUCUGAUCAGGAGCUGCUCUUUCUGGCUUUUCCACGAUUGUGGUGCAAGUUCUGCUCAGUGACGCAUUCACCGCUGUUGACGCACACAUCUGCCAUGGCAACCAUAUCACCCUGGUACUAUGUUGAACAAUUGUUGGCCUAUGCUGUUGCUCGACCAAGUGGGCAAGUUGUGACCUUGACUGAGAUGACAAUGCAGGUGUUCUUUCAUAGAGAUGACUUUGUUGUGGUCAUUGCUGCUCUUCCUUUCUAGAGAUUUCUCAUUUUCUUUUCUUAUUUUUUUCUUUUUCUGUUUUGUUGACCCUGGUAUAGUUUUUAGCAGGAGAAAGCACUGCGUGGUACUUCCCCGCAAACCAGCUUGCGAAGGUACUCGCUCAGGGUACCAUUCAGGUGCAUUUUCUGUGGUGCUAACUGCGCCAACCUGAUGCCUUUGCAGCCAGAUUCGUGCGUUUUGGCGAAACUUCUUUACACUUGGGUUGUUUAAUAUUGAGUAGGUUUAGGGAAUUUUUUCUUUAGUAUAUUCCUUUACCAAGCUCUUGAUUUUGUCUAAAGAAAAUUGGAUGUACAGCUGUUCCGAGAAAUUGUUUAGGGUAAGUGUCAUGCCAGUAGAUUUGAAUAAAACUAGUACCAUGUUUGUUUUGUA